AUGUGGCUGGCGGCCGGAAGGGAAUUAGGAUUUCAGGCGGCAGAUCCAAAUGCAUUCCAGACCCAAGCCUUCUCCCCAAUAGCGUUAUCGACUAAAAAUUCUUUAAGAUCCAGUUCCUACACCGCCUUGAUUCAAGGGGUGGAAAAGACCAGGCCUAACUUGAGAGUUUUGCGAUAUUCUCAAGUUCAAAAGGUUCUAAUUGAUGAAAACAAAAUCGCAUACGGCGUGACAUAUUUGCGACACGGAAUUCCACAAAUUGCUCACGCUUCGAAAGAAGUUAUCAUCUCUGCGGGAGCCAUACUUUCGCCAAUAAUGCUCAUGAAAUCCGGCAUCGGCCCUUCACAAACUCUCCACGCCGCCAAAAUCCCAAUCGUCCAAGACCUCCCCGGGGUCGGGCAGAAUCUCCUGGAUCAUGCCGACAUACAUUUCAAAUUUCAGAUUCUAAACCCAUCAGCCGCCCAAACCCUUUAUCCAACUUUGUCCGAUUCGGGCUUGCAAGAUGAACUUAUCAAGUUCCAGGCUCCUAUAAAAACGGGAGCGUUUAGCACGGAAAAUGUGCAUCAAGCGUUUAUCGUCUCGUCUCGUGCGAAACGAGAUAAUGAAGGGAAUUGGCCGGAUUAUCAUUUAUUUUUUCAAAUGAAUGAUCUAGCCGGACUUGCGAUAAAUGCAACCCAGCGAGAUAUAUUUAAAAAAAAACAAUCCAAAAAUUUGGAAUCACAUGACGCUUAUCUUUCCGUUAAUUGGCUCUUCAAAGAAUAA